GACGACGAAGACGAGAUUGAUGACCAUGACGAGGCUGCCUAGCUGGCUGCUCGUCGCUUUGGCCAGCGUUCUGCCUCUGGCGCUGGCUGCCACCUCGUCUUCUGCAUCUCUCUUUCUUCACCCUUGCAACGAGGGCGUGAGCAAGCCGGCAAAGGUCUCGCCUUCGCAAGCCAACCGGGUCCUCGCGUACCACCUCGAUGUGCCUGGCGAAUACCUGGGCGCCGCUGCGGGCGACAAGGAAGCAUGGGAGUGGGUACCACAGACAGCAAAGCUGGGCAAGGAGAGCGUCAAAGACCUGUUCGAGGACAAUCGACAAAGGACCGUGGUGCUCCUCAAGGGCGUUGAGGAAGGAGAAUUGCAAGAUGUCAUUCCGCUUUCGUUUCGAAACACACACAAGAUUGACUCGCCACCUUCUACCGCCUCUUUCGAGGCCCUGAUUCACUCGUACGGCGAGCGCCUUCAUGAGGCAAUUCCCUCGCUCGGCUCCGCUUUCGGCGGCUUCUUCUUGGCCGCGGUCGAAGAGGCGCAGAGCAUCUUGGAAGAUGCAACCGAGAUGCUCGUGGGUGGAUCCGCCAUGUCUGUGCCUCUCGAGAAGACCGACAGCGCGGGUUGGAAGAAGAGCCUGGACGUCAUGGACUUGACAGGCAAGGCUUCAACGGCAUUCCGCCAGAGCAUGGUGAACUUGGUCGCAUUCUUCGACUCUUUUGACGAUGACAAGGUGCGGGAGCAGCAGCCAUCGUUCCAAGCCCUCCGCUUUGACGGCCUCGCCGAGAUCCGGAGCACCUACGGGCAAGAGAGCGUGGAGUACAAGGAAGCCAAAAAGGCGCUCAAGGACGUGCUCGCAGCUGCGGCCAUGAAGAUGGACAAGCUGGCCUCCUCCUCAUCGCAGACUCUCGCUAUCGUUGCGGUCUCCGACGACGAGGACGAAAAGUCGAUGCUGCAGCCGCGCUCCGACCUCUUGGCUCCUUUCCGGACCGGACCAGGCCGAACGCCAUUCCAAAAGAGGCGCGAUGCGAGCAUCUGGGACCAGCUCGAGACCAACAAGAAGGGCAGCAAGGGAAAGGCACCGAAGGAGUCAGAUUACGUGGGCAAGUGCUUUAGCAAAGAGGAGGACCUGAACAAGGCAACGCAAAACUGCACAGGACACGGCAAGCCCAAGAAGUCUCUCAAGGGUGGGAAGCCUUGCUACCGAUGCCAGUGUGAGACGACGAGAUCGAAGUCGGGCAAGACAGUGGAAUGGGCUGGCGCUGCAUGCCAGAAGCAGGACAUUUCCAAGCCAUUUGUGCUCCUCGCAUCUAGCACCGUCGUCCUCAUUCUCGUCUCGAUCGGCUCGGUCCUCUAUCUCUACAACGAGGGACAAAAGGAGCUUCCAAGCGUCUUGGCUGGCAUCAGCAUCCCCAACAAGUAGCUAGUUCGCUUGGACCUCGUCGCACUUCUCCUUUUCUACACUCUGCAAUCACAAAUCAAAGGAAAUCAUCAAACUCUAAGAUGACU